GGUCACGCCGGAAGAGGCGGGCGAAGCCGUGCGGGCCCUACCUGCCGCGCAGCCAGCUCGGCCAUGGUGACGCUGGGGCUGCGGCGGGUGGAGGAUGAGGUGGCCGCCAAGCACCCGGCGCUGCAGCAGUACGCGGCCUGCCAGUCCUACGCCUUCCUGAAGGGCAUCGGCACCUUCCUGGCAGGCAGUGGGGCCGCCUUCGCGGUGCAGAAGCUGGUGAACAGGAAGGUGCCGUACAGCCUCCAGUGGAGCUUGCUGCUGGCCGGCGCUGCAGGAUCCCUCGCCAGCUACAUGGUAACCAGAGCUGAAACACAGAAAUGCUCUGACUUCUGGAUGUAUCUGGAGACAGGCAAGUUCCCACAAGAGCUUGCCAUGGCUGGUGAGGUGUCUCAGCCUGCAGAAGAUCUGCCUAGUUUGGAGGACAGAGGGAGUGCGGCACCCCCGGUGAGGAAGAACAAGUAUGGGGACGUUGUGGAGUAGCUGGUAGAGCCCAGAGCCCCAUGCCUGUGACCUGCUUCAGCCCUUCCUGCCCUCCCUGCCUGCUGUGCCUGUGCUGCCUGCAAGACUGGUGGGUCUGUGGUGCUUCCCCGCACCUCAGAUGAGUUGAUCGUACAGUGAGAGUGUGGUAGAGGCACCACGGGGAUUGCUGCCUCCCAGGUGGCCUCUGAACAUCACGUGUGGGAUGCAAUAAAAGUCGAGAGCUGAAGGCA